CUCUCGUCUAGACUUCUGGUGCUGCUGGCACACGCUUCCUCGGUGCCAUAGCCCAAUGUCGAAACGAGUGUGUCUUUCGUUACUCUCCGCGCCCCAGCGGCCCCAUCAUCAGCAGACGUGUCGCUUGCUCCUCCAGCGACAGCAAAUAUGGAACACCACCACCUCCACCGCCCGCGAUAGCCACCAAACGGGUCGAUUGGCUCGCCCAUCAUGCCGCUCCUUUUCAUCCACCUCUUGCCAGCGCGUCGGCAUCAAUCGCAUGGCCGGUAGACCGCAACAGAAGCCCCAGCAGUCGAUAACCCUGCAACAGAAACAGGCAAUGAAGAAAAUGCAGGCUUCUGGCGAACACCUCGAUCACGUCGGCCUUCUCGAAGGCACCUUUGUUCCACCUACAGGCGAGAAGCUUCCUUCGCUCUUUUCUGAUCCACGCGGCCGCUGGAAAGUAGUACGGCAUCAAUUCAAAUCAUGGAUCGGGAUCAUGCAAUCCCGCCUCACGGCCUUUUGGUUUGUGAAACCAAGGCUAAAACUGGAGGUUGGCAAGACUCCACGCAUUGCGAAAGAGUUGUAUGAGGAGAUGUAUGCCGCUUUUGCCAACGGUAAUAUGGCAGCAAUGCAGGGGAAGGUUGCGCCUGGGCUGCUGAGGAGCUUGAAUGACCGGAUUGCACAACGCACGCCGAACACGCAUCUUCAGUGGAAAUUGCACAAAUACAUCGGAAGUCCGGAGUGUGUCAGCUACAAAUUUGCCAUGCCAGAGGUCAAGGGCCCGAACACCACGAGAACAGGUCUCAUGCAAGCUGUGGUGAGAAUCAAGUCGCAACAAAGCCUGCUACAAGUGAGGAGGCAGAGGAUGAGGGAUCCAGCUACAAAGCAGCAGGUUGUGGCGGAGGUGCCGAUUGAUCGAAAUGGGAAAGAGAUUCAAAACUUCGACCGGGAGGUUGAGGAAAAGAAGAACAUGAAGACCAUGGUGGAGUAUUUCGUGAUUGAGCGACUCUUGAUCAAGGGACAACUGGGUUCGUGGAGGGCGUGGGGAACAACACAGGAGGCGGAUCUGUCGAAACUUCUGAAGGCAGAGAGGGAGAAACACAAGGCCUUGAUGGGCGAGGAAUCACCGACGGGAUGAUGAGCAGCAUAGCAAGAAUUUGCAGCUGCUGAUAUCUCAUUCGGACAGGGAAUGAAUGAGGGAGGGUUGUUUGGCAUACAAGGACAAUCCGAAAGUUGCAGGGUGCAACUUGUACAGAAGAUGUUGGACGGCAUGCCAAUUAUCGCAUGAGCAGCAAAGCCACCAAAGCCUAUAAUGCACAGCCCCGAACCACAUUGAACAUUUCAAGCACUUCGUUAGCUCCACGACAUUCAAUGCCGAGUGGUUGCGUCCAUCUUCGCGGCUUGUGAUUCGCAUAGUGGGACGUGGCGUGCUCAGAAGAAGGCUGAACUGCAACAUCCAAAGACGAGUACAUGGUGGUUUUCGUCCGCAUAACGAAUACUGUCAGGUGAUGCGACAUUUAGCAAUGACAUGCGUAAAGUCGAUCUGGUCCGUAACUAAUACGCUCUCGGGAUUGUGAGAGAGGUACAACCCCAAAAUUCAUUGUACCAUAUUGGAGAUGUACGCUAGCAAGAAUGAUCGAUCAACUUCAAAUCAAUACCAGUGCUACGCAAAGUUUCGUGUAUUCAAUAGGCAUCAAAU